ACACCGUAAACAAGGCAGUAAUGUGUUGCCCACGUCACAUCUGGAGAUUUAUUUUGAUGUAGAAUAUCGUGAUUUCCUUCCUUCUUUAAACAUAACAUGUUCUCUUCUACAAACAGGAAGUAGGUGUUCACAAGCUUGUUUGUAGUUAUAUUCAAUCAUUUACCCCCACUGAAGCUAUGAACAGAAAAAGGUCGUUAAUUUCGGAGACAUUUGGUGUAAAGAAGAGGAGAUUUGGAGCUGACAGUCUCGUCGGAAAUCCUAAAGCUGAAGAUGAUCAAGAGGGACCUCAAGAUGUUAAAGCCACCAUGAAGUACUUAAUGACGCUUUUUCCAAGGAAGUUGUUUGACGACAGUCUGCCCCUGAUUGUCUACAAGCACCAGCUGUACAGUUUACUCAGCGACAAGACUCUUGUGGACAAGCAGCUGAAUGAGUUAAGGGACAAGGGAGAACUGCUUAUGUUCCAACUGGGUUUCGACACGGACACAUUCGCCGUUGUGUUUACUGAAGACUACAGAGACAAGGUUCUGGCAGGACAGAAUGGAAAAGACACUCGUGUAACGGUCGAGAAGUUUCUGGACAAAGUGCUGCCUAAUUGCUCAGGACUAAGUUUCAGCAAAAGUCAGAUGCUCAAGGAGUUUCUUUUCACGGAUUCUGAGAUAACGCAGCUUGUGAAGUCAGGAGUGUUGACAGUGAGAGAUGCAGGAAGCUGGUGGCUUUCCAUUCCAAACUCUGGGCGAUUUACCAAGUACUUUAUUCAGGGACGCAAAGCUGUACUCGGCAUGGUUAAGAAAUCAAAAUACAAUGAAAUCCUUAAGGCUGAUUUGGAAGAACGUCGUGCCAAAUCACAAGUCAAAUUCAAUAUAAAGUACCACAUUCAUGACAUAAUUGGUGCAGAACUCGUAGAAUGCAUUCAGACCACGUCAGGGACUUUGUUACGAUUUGUGGACACUUAAGAUAUCUUCAGCUCUGAGAACUGAGAAGCUUGUGACAUUUCAUUUCAGGCUAUACACAGAAUUUUUCUAUUUUUUUUAAAGGGCGAUGUUAAAAGAAAAAAAUAAGAUGGUAACCUGCAUCUAAGCAGGUCUGCAUUGAAGGGUCUAUUUAAUGGCCCACAGUUCACUGAAAUGCUUUAUUUGCUUCCAGUGAGAAGCAUUAUUGUGUGUAGCCUUAAAUUCAGUAACAUAUUUUUAGUUUUUUGCACAAAUGUUUGUAUUUGUGACCUGAUGAAAAUAAAUUAUAUAUAUAUUCAA